AUGAGCUCCACCACUGAUAAGCUAAUACAAAAACACGCUUCCCUCUUCAAAAAAGCUACCGAGCAUAAGUUCACUAAUGAACUGUGUUCAGGUACUUUGAAGGAUCGUAGUUUGUACAUCUAUUUAACACAGGAUCUUCUUUUUUUUGAAACAUCUUUGAGAUUAAUUUGUAAGACAACUUCUUUAGCACCAACCACACAUGCCCUGAUUACCUUGGCCAAAAAGAUUGGCUUUUUUUCUAACGACGAAAAUUCUUACUUUCACGAUUGUUUAGAGUUAUUGGCGCCUUCGCUUACUGAGGCAGAAAGGGCCAAGUUCGAUCACAAGGCAAUCCCCGCUGUUGAUACUUUUCUGAAGUUAAUAGAAGAUUUGACAAAGGACAACUCAGUCACAUGGGCAUCCUUAAUAACUGACUUAUGGAUUUCUGAAGAAGCCUAUUGGACAUGGGCUCGUGAUACUCCAAGAGCUCCAGGCCUUCACUGGAAGUAUCAGAAAUGGAUUGAUUUACAUGAUGGUGAACACUUUCAAACUUGGUGCGAAUUUUUGAAGGCUGAGGUUGAUAAAUUCUCUGUUGAAGAAGUCGAGGGCAUAUUUGUCAAGGUCUUACAACUAGAAGUAGAUUUUUUUGACAGCUGUUACAACGCUUAA